AAAGAAGAAGAAGAAGCGGAAGCGGAAGCGGAAGCGGAAGUAGUUCAGCGUGUGUAAACUUCAAUGACUGAGUCAGCGUCGUUAACAAACCAACUAUGUUGUCUGUGAAUAAACUGCAGAGAUUAGGACCCGGUGUUCUUUCUCAGUCCUUCCGGAACAUUCACAUUACGGCCGCGUUGUAUACCGUGUCCUGCCUGAGAGGAGAGAGUGGGAAGCGGCUCCGUGCUGACACCAGGUCGCUCCUCAACACACACAGCGAGUCCCACUGUUUGUCAAACCGCUGUCUUUCCACAGCGACCCACUCCGAGGAUGGGAACCUCAUUUACACUGGCAGCCUGGGCAGUGCUGUUCGAGGGGUGAAGCUGUUUUCUUACAGCACCAGCGGGGCCAGCCUCUUUCUCAUGCCCCACAUCCUCCUUAAGACUGGACUAGUAGUCCAGAGCUUCGCCGUGCAGGCCGCUUUCUGUGGAGUCAUUGGAUUCUUCACCUUCCUCACCCCUGUCCUCCUCCACUUCAUCACCAAGGGCUACGUGAUCCGCCUGUACCACAACUCAGACAGAGACACCUACACUGCCAUCACCUACAGCGUCCUUCUCACUGAAAAAAAGAGUGUGUUCCACCAGAGGCAGGUUAGGAUCCCAGCCGUCAGCCAGAUGUUCACCACCUUCUAUGCUGACAAAAUGGGGCUGCUGGUAAACCCAGACAUGUUCUCUAUUCCACAAGACUACAACCACCUGAUGGGCUACGAUAAGCCCUUCAGCUUCGACACAGACGACAUCGAUAGACCUGAUAAGAGCUGAACCAUCGACUGCAAACAGGUUGAAUGUGGUGUCAGUAUAUGAAUUAUUUCCACAACUCCAAACUGCACAGUACAUACACUCACAUGUCUGUCAGGGUGGAACAUUCACAGAGGACCACAAUAUGCAGCCACAAUCAAUUCUCAACUAGAUUUCCAGCUUUUUUUUUUCAAUAUUUUGAUGGAUGUUUCAUAUUAAUAAAUUAUAACUCCAUUAUCAUGACCUGUUAUCUGUUUGAAACAGUUUCCUUUUGUUGGUCUUUGUAACUGUCAUGACCAUGCACAUGUCACUGUAGUUACUAUGAGGAACAUACAAAUGUUUUUGUAUAAACCCAUUUUUCAUUAAACAAAAGUAGCCAGAUUUCACAAAUGUUAAACACAA